AUGCGAAUGGCCCUACAAUUGAAAGAAGAAGGGCAAUUUGACCAAGCAGCCCAUCAUUUCAUUGAAGCUGGCAAAGCUUCAGAAGCUGUUGCUAUGUAUGUUCGUGAAGGUGAUUGGUCAAAUGCUGAGCAAGUUGCAAAAGAGCAUACUGUCGAGACAUUGCCAGACGUGCUCGUGGCUCAAGCACUUAAGUCGUUAGAAAACGAAGACUACCAUAGUGCAGAGAGCUGCUUUUUACGGGCUAAUCGACCAGACAUCAUUUUGAAGUUUUACCAAGAAAACGGAAUGUGGCCCGAUGCUCUAAGAAUUGCCAAGCAAUAUUUACCACAUCAGCUGCAGCAACUGCAGAAGGAUAUUGCACAACAGAAGCUGUUUGAAAAUGGCAGUGGCAUAAAUUGCUUAUUAGCGCAGGGUCGCGCAUUUGAAGAACAGCGUGAAUGGGCUAAAGCUGUGCAGACUUAUCUGAAGGUCAGCUCAUGCUCUACGAAAGACGCUUCUUUGAUUGAGUACUCUCUCAUAAAAAGUACUGAUCUAAUAUUGCGAUUUCCAGCUUCGAUUGAUUAUGAGCUGAUAAUGCAAGUCGUCGAUGCUCUCGAGACAAAUAAAAUGUAUGAAAAAAUGGCAGAAGUGCUGUUAGGCGUUGGACAGGGUCGACAGGCGGUGGCAGCUCUCGUUCGGGCUCAUCAGUGGUCUAAAGCCAAGCAACUUGCAACGGAAUUGAUCCCAGAUAUGGUAGUCGAAGUUGAAGAACAGUAUAAGAAAUGGUUGGUACAAGAAGGUCGAAUGGGAGAGCUAAUCGACGUCGAUGUCAUCGCGGUCAUUGACUUGCUUAUCGCUAAAGAUCAAUGGGAAAGAGCACUGCAUUUGGCACGACAGCAAAAUCAUAAACCACUUUUGGACAAAUAUGUCGCACAAUACGCCGCUAUACUGCUUGAACACAACGAACUAGACCAUUUACUUAAAAUUUUUGAAAAAUAUGGAACUUCCUCUAACCCGGCAAAUUUCAAUUUAUACAAGCACAUAUUUAAAAAGACAGUGUCACGUUCAUCCAGUACAUCUACAGGAGAGUUUGAUGCGCUUAGUCCUGUUCGGGACCUUUUUCUUUCCGUGUAUGAGCAGCUCGUCAAGGAGGAAUCUGAAAAUCAAUUUAUUUUUGAGAGGUAUGUUCGUGCCUUGCAUCUGAUGACUAUUCGGAGUGCGUUGGAGGACAACAUACAGACAGAGGAUUCAAAGCAGCUUUGUCUGCAACAGUCGAUUUCUCUUCUGCGCUAUUCUGAUCUCGUUCCGGCUGAUAGAGUGUUUUAUCAGGCUGGCAUUUCUGCUAGGCAUGCUGGUAGAGUGUAUUUGCCGUUGGCGUUUCUGCUGCUGAACCAUUACCUCGAUCUUGUCGACGCCAUCAAUGAAGGUGACGCCUCACUUGUUGAUUACGCUCCAUUUGAAGGAACUGAUAUUCCAACCGAAGUACCGCUUCCUGAAAGGCCGUGGGUUGAGAGUUCGAAGCAUGAAGAAAUCGAAGAAUGGGUGCUAGCCACCUCACUGGGCCAUGAAGCCAGAAGAGAGUUGAAGUAUGACUCCCGCGGUCUUUUCGAGGCAACCAUCGAGGCCAACGGCAAGAAGUGGCCUGAGUGCAUCAUAAGCGGCUACCCAGUAACAAAAACGAAAGUGGAUCUUGGAAAUCUUCGCGCAGACAAAGACAAUCUCAACCGAUUUCUGAUAGCAGUCAGAACCACACCGACUGAUCAGCUUAUCAAUGUACAAGAGUUCAUAUCGAGAUGGGCCAAUCAGCCACUGUUUUUGUCACUAUGA